UCAUGGGAUUUGAGGUGAAAUUCAUCAGGAAAACUAUUGUAAAAGCUAUAGGUCCCUUGCCAGAUUCUCACAUUCUCAGUCUUUCGAACCUCGAUCUCUUAUCAGGACGGUUUCCUGUCACCUAUUUUUACUUCUACAACAAGCCUCAGGAUCAUAUACCAACUCCUUUUCCUGCCCUUAAAGAUUCUUUGGCCAAAUGUCUAAGUCUUUUCUACCCGUUUGCUGGUAAAAUUGUUCAAAAUUCACAAACUAAUGAGCCUGAGAUCAUCUGUGAUAACAGUGGUGCUCUUCUUGUGGAAGCCAAGGCAAAUAUCCCUCUGAAAGAACUGGAUUUCUACAACCUUGACAAAUCUUUGGAAGGAAAGUUAGUCACAAUCCAUCAAGAUUUCCCCCUACAAAUCCAAGUGACGAAUUAUACUUGUGGAAACUUAUCAAUGACAUUUACAUUUGACCAUGCCUUGGGUGAUGCAAGUGCCUUUGGUAGGUUUCUUCUUACAUGGUCUGAGAUAGCAACUUCAAAGUCACUUUCUGGCUCACCGGAUCACCGUAGAGAUCUGAUCCAGGCAAGGUCUCCUCCGACUUAUGAUCCAUCUUUAGAUGAAAACUUCAUUUCCUGCACUUUACAAGACAUAGCCAACAUUCCAACGGGCAAUAAAGUGUUGAAGAGGCUGUAUUAUGUUGAUGUGAAAAGUAUUGAUAGCUUGCAAAGACUUGCAUCUCUUGAUAGUGAAGAGAGAACCAAAAUUGAGGCCUUUUCAGCUUAUGUCUGGAAGAUUAUGGUUCGUGCAAUCAAUAAAAACCAUGAAAAAUGCAAGAUGGGGUGGUUAGUCGAUGGAAGAACAAGACUAGGCAAAGAUAGAAACUCUAUGUCCAACUACAUAGGCAAUGUUAUAUCAGUAGCGUUUGGAGAUGGAGAUGUCCAUGGAUUGAAACAAGCGUCACUAGCAGAAACUGCAACAUUGGUUCAUGAUUCAAUCUCCAAAGUAACCAAUCAAGCUCAUUUCUUGGAUUUGAUCGAUUGGAUUGAGUGUCACAGACCUGGAUUGAUGUUAUCUAAGAUUGUGUUAGGCCUUGGAGGUCCAGCUAUUGUUGUUUCAUCUGGACGAAGAUUUCCAGUCUCAGAAAUAGAUUUUGGUUUUGGAAAUCCAAUCCUUGGAACAGUUUGUUCCACCAUUGAAAAAAUUGGAGUAGGUUACAUUAACCAAAGGCCAAGUGCUAAGGGUGAUGGAUCUUGGAUCGUCUCAGUAAUCUUAUGGCCUGAAAUGAUUGCUGCACUGGAGUCAGAUCCUAAUCAUGUUUUUCAGCCUAUGAAUGCCAAAUUUCUUCAACUCUAGUGCACAAAUUUGUCCUAAUUAUAUCUGCUCUCUAGAUUUGCCUGUGUUGUGUUGUGAUCAUAUAUU